CUUCUUUUGUUUUAUCUUGUCAAUCAUCUUGUAAUUUAUUUUAAUUAUACACAUGUCUUCCAAAGAAUACAAGCAACUGUCACGUACAAACAUCGUACCAUGCAUUGUGGGAUCAUUUAUUUUGUGGAUAUCGUUUGGCAUUCGACAAAGCUUUGGACUGUUCCUGAUUCCGAUUACUCAAGAAACAGGAUGGGAUCGAGCCACGUUUUCAAUUGCAGCCGCUGUAUUACAGCUUGUGUGGGGCUUUUCACAACCAUUCUCUGUAUACUUGGCUGAACAGCGACUGGGAUUCGGCAAAAUUGUUUUUAUUUCCUGCCUGAUUUAUGGUGUUGGAUGUUUUAUCAUGUAUGCAGCUCAUCAAAUAUCUGCAUUGUUUGUUUUCGGCAUGGGCAUUGUGGUCGGCGUAGCCGCUGGCGGGAAUUCUUUUCCUACUAUUCUCGCGUCCAUUGGCCGGCAUUUUCCGCCUCACAGCAAACAACAAAGUAUGGCUUUUGGUAUCGUGUCAAGUUUUGGCAGCUUUGGUCAAUGUACAUUUCUCCCCAUCACUCGAGCAAUGCUCCAGUAUAUUGGAUGGCGCUGGUCGGCCCUUAUCAUGGGAUUUAUCAUGAUUGGUAUUUCACCGUGUGCUUACUUUAUCAGAUCAACCGCCCAGGUAUUUGCAGCAGCAUCCGCUCACGAUAUCGAAUCCACCUCGACUCUCGGAAAAGACAAGGCAAAAACGGAAGAAUCUGGAAAUGAAAAGAACGUCAGUUGCUCAAAUGAUGUCAACCUGUCCGGCGAGCCACCUGCCAAUGACGAGGACGACGAAACCAUCACCAAAGUCCUCAAGAAACUAUUUACGUCGCCGACGUUUUACUUCAUUACGCUUGCUUUCUCAGCAUGUGGUUUUCACAUCACCUUUUUAAUCACGCAUUUUCCGGCCUAUUUACAAGAUCAAGGAUACAGUCCUGAUAUUGCGGCUUGGGCUAUAUCAAUCAUUGGUCUUUGUUCCAUGAUAGGCAGUGUCGUCAUGGGGUACCUGUGCGCUUACAUCAAACCAAAGUACCUGUUGUUCUUUGUCUUUUUCGUUCGCGCAAUCAUGUUUGUGGUCAUUACGUGGGCCCCAACCUCGGUGGCAAUUGUUUUCACAUUUUCCACCAUUUUUGGCUUACUUUGGCUCUGCACGGUGCCAUUAACGACCAGGUCCUUGGGCACGGCGUUCGGGUACAAAUAUAUUGGCACCUUGUCGUCCAUUAUUUUCGUCGGACACCAGAUCGCGGCGUUUCUUGGUGCAUACAUUGGCGGUGUGGUGUAUGAUGCGGUGCAUACCUAUACGCCCAUGUGGUACGUUAGUUUGGCAUUAUCGUUUGUCGGCAUGGCCGCAAGUCUGUUGGCCCAAGAGUAAAAACACAUGGCGCCGAGAAUUCACAGUGUGUGGGGUUACAUAAAACUGUGAUUUCUUUUCUUCCAUUCCGCAUAGAAAUAGGAAGCAUAUUGGUUCCAGUGCCCCAGGUUUCAGUAUCUAUUUGUGUCGGUUUUAUAUAGAAUGAGGAUUUAUCAAAAGAUAACUCUAAUUGAAGCAUGGCCUUGAAAUAAAUGAAGCAUUAAAA